CACCUCCCCUGAUGAGCCCCCGGGCAGCCCGCACCCCAGCCAACAUCACGGAUUUAGCGCCGGUCAGGCGGGAGGACAAGGGCAAGCUGCAGAGCGGAAGUCACUUUCCCCGUCAGGUCCGUCGGAGAAGCCGGUUCGGGUACUUCCGGUGGAUGAGAGCACAUGCGGGAGAGUUCCGGGCACAGAGGGCAGGACUAGCGAACAGCGGGGGACGCUAUUUAUCUGAACAGGGACCGAACCCCAUCUUUUGGGCAUCGACAUACAGCGCUGCUAGAAAGUUCUCUUUGGAGUCAAGCAUGGAACCUUCUGAGGAGGCUCAGAGCCUCACCAGCUCCAGCGAUGAGAAUUACUUUGUGACGUACACCUUUACCGACCGCACUCACAGCAGCCGGAUGGCUCACAGCAUCAUACGGCUUUGCAUGGAGGAGAUGCUGUUUGCCGACGUCACUGUUCUUGUAGAAGGAAAGGAGUUCAAGCUCCACCGCCUGAUUCUGUCUGCCCAGAGUUGCUUCUUCCGCUCCAUGUUUGCCUCCAACCUGAAAGAGGGUAGGAAUCAAGUCAUCCAGCUCCACGAUGUAAGUGAAAGCAUAUUCCAGCUGCUGGUGGAUUACAUUUAUUAUGGUACGGUGAAACUACGCAUAGAGGAGCUGCAAGAGACGUACGAGGUGGCAGAUAUGUACCAGCUUACGGCUCUGUUUGAAGAAUGCUCCCGCUUCCUGGUCCGGACAGUGCAGGUGAAGAACUGCCUGCAGAUUAUGUGGCUGGCAGAUCAGCACAGCGACUCCUCACUAUACACGGCGGCCAAGCACUGCGCCAAAACUCACUUGUCCCAGAUACAUGAUUCGGAAGAGUUCCUUAACCUGCCCUUGCGGCUGCUGAGAGAUAUCAUAGAAGAUGGAGUUCCUUGUUCCCAGAAUCCAACUACAGCAAUCAAAAACUGGAUCAACUACAACAAGCAAGAACGGGAGGAAUUCUCAGACGUGCUCCUUUCUAGCCUAAAGGAAAUUGGCGAGAAUGUACAUAUCUACUUGAUUGGAAAGGAGGAAUCGCGUACUCAUUCCAUUGCAGUUUCCCUGCACUGCGCUCAGGAUGAUUCCAUAAGUGUAAGCGGGCAAAAUAGCCUGUGCCACCAGAUCACUGCAGCCUGCAAGCACGGCUCCGACCUGUAUGUGGUGGGCGGCUCAAUCCCCCGGCGCAUGUGGAAAUGUAACAUGGAGACCAUGGACUGGGAGCGCUGUGCCCCGCUUCCCCGAGACCGCCUGCAGCAUACACUUGUGUCUGUCCCCAGCAAGGAUGCUAUAUAUUCCCUAGGCGGCAAAACCCUGCAGGACUCGCUGUCUAAUGUGGUCAUUUAUUAUCGAGUGCAGGACAAUGUCUGGACAGAAACAAGCCAGCUGGAGGUUGCAAUCUCUGGUGCCGCCGGGGUUAACCUCAACGGGCAAAUCUACCUGAUGGGGGGUGAGGAGAAUGACCUGGACUUCUUCACUAAACCCUCGCGCCUUAUUCAGUGCUUUGAUACAAAUGCAGAAAAAUGCCACGUGAAACCUUACCUCCUGCCCUUCGCCGGGCGAAUGCACGCUGCGGUACACAAGGACCUGGUAUUCAUUGUGGCAGAAGGAGACUCUCUGGUCUGUUACAACCCUCUACUGGACAGCUUCACGCGACUCUGCCUCCCUGAGGCUUGGAGCGCCCGGCCUUCCUUAUGGAAAAUCGCCAGCUGCAACGGCUGCAUCUAUGUCUUCAGAGACCACUACAAAAAAGGAGACGCCAAUACCUUUAAGCUCAACCCGGCAACUUCAGUGGUAACAGUCACCAGCGGCAUCCGCUUCUUGCUGACCAACUUGCAGUUCCUAUUGGCGUAAUGGAGAAGCCUGCAGUGCUCGCCAUUCCAUAGUCCUAUAAAAGGGCUACCCCUUUUGUAGGACAUACAUAAAACAACUGACGUCCAAAGAAUUAAAGGGACCAACUGCAUUGCUCCAAAGGAUAGUAUAAUAUAGCCAGCUGGCAGCCUACAUCACCCCUGUAUUUUUCUUACAUAACUACAUGCUGCUUUGUAUGAGGUUGAGUAUUAUAAGCAGAGAAACCAAAAUUCUUUCCUGUAUUUCCUUUUGUUGUCACCAUGUAUUGACCAUUUUAAAAGAAUAUUGGUUUUAACAAUCCAUCCAAGUGGAAUAUAUUUGACAGCUCAACAGUGGGACAUUCUGUGCUAAAGAACAGUCUGGUCUGAACGCAUUGCCGUUGCUUUUGUUGUUUACAACGAAGUAGCGCUUGUGAAAUUCUGAUGGCUUCAUUUACUCCAAAGAAGGGUGUCUCUUCCAUUUUUACUCACUGUCAUUGCUGAUCACUGAAACAGCGUCUAUUUGCCCUGUUACUUUAAAAACAAACACUGGACCAUUUCUGAUACCUCUGUGCAUACUGCUGCUUUGUGUUCUUCUAUCUCAGGCAUGGUGAACUCCCAACUACGCUGAUUAAGUGGAGGGAACUCCAGUAAGGGCUGUCAUAGUUCCAGUGUCAUUGUGUCUGCAGAAUUUGUAACAAUAUGACUGACUGGCUGCUGAUUGGUUCAUCCCUCUUCCAAUCAGAAGCUCCUAGGUAGUUAGAAACUCUAAAUAAACGCUGAGCCCAAAAUAACAUGGUAAUGCCUACAUUGAAGGAGACUAGCAAAGAUUAAAAUGGGAGAGGGGGGAUUGGCUUAUAAAUAACAACGUGUAAGAAUGUCGCAGAUGAAAAGAAAAGAUGAGAAUAGAAAAGAUAGAAUAGAAAAAUGGGGCAGGUCAAAAGUGAUUGCGACGCUUUCCACAUCUAUUAGGCAUCGCUGUCAAAACAUUGUCCUAAGAACCUGCUAGGUUUGAGAAUAAAACACUGUCAUACUUUAUGUAACAUGUGUUAUUAUAUGAUCAAAAGCAGAGUAAUAAAUUAUGAAGAUCCCUUAAUCUACUGGUUGGUACCCAAAAGUGUGUAUCCCAUGAUCACCUGUAAUAAAGACUUUUAAAGGAA